AAGGCUGUGAUCUUCCUUUUGUCUGCAUUGAUAAGGAAAUCAUGUUGAUUACUGCUACCAAUCAUAAGAACGUUGACAAGAAGCAUUGUUAUGUUCUGGAACUCUGCCUCCUGAAGACCCCGGCCUUACUCAUGUUACUUCAGUAUAGUAAGAGGAAGAGCUACAAUGCUUGUCCACCAGCUGCUACUUACUACCAGCGUUUGGAGAACCGAGCUGCUUUGAUUUAUCCCGAGCACUGUUAGAUCACGGGCUGUUGCGUGUUGUUUUGGAUGAACUAGGUACUUAAGUUUCCAGCUCGAGAUAAGCGCGCUUGUGCUGAUUUUCCAAUGAAGUACAUCCUGGUAACUGGUGGUGUCAUCUCAGGCAUUGGCAAAGGGAUCAUUGCAAGCAGCAUUGGCACCAUACUGAAAUCAUGUGGUCUACGUGUCACUGCAAUCAAAAUUGAUCCUUACAUAAACAUAGAUGCUGGAACCUUUUCACCAUAUGAACAUGGUGAAGUUUUUGUAUUGAAUGAUGGUGGAGAAGUUGACUUAGAUUUGGGAAAUUAUGAGAGAUUUUUGGACAUCAGUCUCUAUAAAGAUAACAACAUCACCACUGGAAAGAUAUAUCAGCAUGUCAUUAAUAAAGAAAGACAUGGUGAUUACCUGGGGAAAACCGUUCAAGUUGUUCCACACAUCACUGAUGCAGUUCAGGAAUGGGUAAUGAAUCAGGCAAAAGUUCCGGUGGAUGAUGACCGAAAAGAGCCACAAAUUUGUGUAAUUGAGCUGGGUGGAACCAUUGGAGAUAUUGAAGGAAUGCCAUUUGUUGAAGCAUUUAGACAGUUUCAGUUCAAAGCAAAACGAGAGAACUUCUGUAAUAUCCAUGUUAGUCUAGUACCACAGCCUAACGCCACUGGUGAACAGAAGACAAAACCAACACAGAACAGUGUUCGAGCACUGAGGGGUCUAGGCUUGUCUCCGGAUUUGAUUGUCUGCAGAAGUGCAAAACCUAUAGAAAUGGCAGUGAAGGAAAAGAUUUCUAUGUUUUGCCAUGUGGAGCCUGAGCAGGUGAUAUUUAUCCAUGAUGUUUCUUCCACUUAUCGAGUACCAAUCCUGUUGGAGGAGCAAGGCAUCAUUAAGUAUUUUAAACAGAGGUUAAAUUUACCUAUUGAUGACCAGCCAAGUGAUCUUCUAAUGAAAUGGAAAAAAAUGGCUGACAGAUAUGAAAGGUUGCUGAAGGUGUGUUCCAUAGCUCUCGUUGGCAAGUACACAAAACUAAGUGACUGCUAUGCAUCUGUUUUCAAGGCUCUGGAACACUCUGCGCUGGCAAUUAAUCACAAACUGGAUUUAAUGUACAUAGAUUCAACAGAACUUGAACGUUCUACAGAAGCGGAGAACUCAGUGAAAUAUCACCAGGCAUGGCACAAACUGUGCAAAGCAGAUGGCAUUCUGGUCCCAGGAGGGUUUGGAAUUAGGGGAACAGAAGGCAAACUCCAAGCUAUCUCCUGGGCAAGAACAAAGAAAAAACCUUUUCUUGGAGUUUGCCUGGGAAUGCAAUUAGCGGUUGUGGAAUUUGCAAGAAACUGUUUGAAUUGGAAAGAUGCAAAUUCUACAGAAUUUGACCCAGACACAAAAAACCCUGUUGUUAUUGACAUGCCGGAACACAAUCCUGGAGAUAUGGGUGGAACAAUGAGACUGGGGAAGAGGAGGACUGUUUUCAAAACACAAAAUUCUGUUUUAAGGAAACUUUAUGGUGAUGCAAUGUUUGUAGAGGAGCGACACAGGCAUCGAUAUGAGGUGAACCCAGAAUUGACUCACUGCUUUGAAGAGAAAGGUUUGAAAUUUGUUGGCCACGAUACAGAAGGGAACAGAAUGGAAAUUAUUGAACUGGAGAAUCACCCAUAUUUUGUGGGAGUUCAGUUCCACCCAGAGUUUUCCUCAAGACCUAUGAAACCUUCACCUGCAUACCUUGGACUGCUGCUAGCAGCAACUGGGACACUCAAUGCAUACUUGCAACGUGGAUGUAAAUUGUCUCCAAGUGACAGCUACAGUGACCUCAGUGAUGACAGCUCUCCAGAAAAAGAGUUUCCUAAUUCAGAAACAAGCUGAAAUGAUUGUAUGAGAUCACAGAAAUGGAUGAUGCUAUUGAGAAAGUUGGGAACAGGACAAUAUUGAAUAGAAGAAAGUAGAAGAGUAAGCUGCUUAUGGUCCUCAUAGUGUCUCCUCCUGUACUGUUUUCAAUAAUUCUCUUUACAGAUGACAGUUUUACUGUCCUGUAGCAAAAAAUCUUCAAUGUAAAUGCUGUUUCUCUUUAAAAAUGGCAAAAUGGUUGUGCACCUUAGCUGUUAAUCACUAUUGAUCUUGUCCUGUAUUUCAGAAUGAUCUCAGGUGAAUAUGCAGUAAUUCACUAGUUCACAACUAUUCUCGAUUUGAAGGAAGAUUUGAUUGUUUUCAGUUUGCCUUAGAACAGGAAGACAAAAUGCAUUAGUUCUUGUGAAUGAGGGGGAAUGCACUAAAAAAUUUAAGGGAAAGUUGUCGUAUCCAUAAGCAGUAGAGAGCUGUUUGAGGUCUGUUUCCCUAUUAAGCUUGUAUAUAUAUAUUUUUUUUACUUUUUUGCUGUUCAAUAUGUACAAAUGAGAAAUCGUUGCUGUAUUUCAGCUCUUUGCGAUUAUAAUAAUUGAUGGAUACACAUGUUUUCACUUUGCUUUUACAAGUGAUUUCACUUUACAAAAGUUCAAGUUUAUUUGCUCUUAUUUCUCCUGAAAGUCUGAUAAUACCAAACGUAAUUCUGACCUACAAAAUUACAGAAGUGAUAUUAGAGGGUGGUUUUGUAUUUGUAUUUUGUAAGAGAGAAAGUAAACACACUCAUACGUUAAAAUGUAAUUUGAACACUUGUAUGAAAGUUGUAGAAGAACCAGUCAUAAACUUGGAGCAUUAUCUGGGCUCCAGCCGUGCAAUACUCAGUGAAUUUCAGUAAAUGAGUAUAAAGGUGAAUUAAGGUUCACCCUUGUUUUCCCUCACCCAGCGACCACCCCAUGGUCACAACACUCAUUCCCCAAUAGAAUGGAAUGGUAUAUCUUAACUCACAAAUCACAAGUGAUUGUCAUGCGUUGAUCUGCACCUGUACGUUGCAUGAUCACGUCUAGGUAGACUUGGAUCUGUUCUUCCUUGGGAAUGCGUGACAAUUGCAGGCGGCCCUGCAAAGCCAGGACUGCAGCCUGAAUCGCUGGGAGAGAAGGGGGAGGCGAGAGGUGCUGUACGGUGUUCAAGGCUGGAUCCCAUCAGCAAUGUGGCAUCAUCAGACCUGUCACAGAAGCUGGAGCUGAGCUGUGUAACUCACAGGCUCCAAAUGCCUGGGGCACUCUCUCCUGUAAAGAAAACUUCUGAAUUUUGAGCUUUGUGUUUCAUUUUGGU